AUGGAAGAACACUUUGCAACACUGAGAUUAUUAGAUUCGGAUACCGAUAAUAAAUUAACUAAAGCUUUCAGUUAUUCCGAACUGCCAUCGUCGCAACAAUUAUGUAUGCAACAAUCUUAUCAUUCUGGAAACCCAUCUGGUUUGGUUAGACAAUACAGUUGUGAACAAAUUUUUGAUGCAACUGCAAACACCAGAAAACUGAAGAUUUCAGAAGUGGUGCUAUCUCAAACCAAUGAAUGUAGAAAAGAGUGGCAAACAACAGUACCUUACCCUAAUGCAUUUCAUAUGCCUAAAUGGCAAUUUUGUAGUGAUACUAAAAUAAUACAUUCACCAAAUCUUACAUCCAAUGCAGCAACUAAUGAAAUAGAAUAUAUGGAAGUUGAAAAUGCAGAGACAUCAAAAGAAUCUAUAUUUUCAUCGAGCAACUUACCAGUAAAUAUAGAUACAAUAGAUAAGUCAGAACCUGAAAGUGAACAACUCGAUGAUACUAAGAUAAAAGACCAACAUUCGUAUGCAGAUGUAAAGAAGAAUCUUAGACCAUUGAUGUCAAAGGCAAAAGCUCCAGUAAAAAAGAAAACAAAUAUGUGUUGUUGGAAUUUAUUAUAUGUAGGUAUCAUACCAAUUGUAAUAGGAACAAUUGCACUGAUUUUAAAUCCUGUUACAUACACGGUUUGUAACCGUGCUAUAAUGUUCUCCAAUGCUACCCUUGAAUUACAACGAAACUUAUAUGGACAAGAGGAUGCAACUUCAAAUAUUGUUAAUGCAUUACAGAAUGACAUUAACCACUUAAAAUUUAUAUGUCUUAUAGGUGGAACAGGUAUUGGAAAGUCUUAUACUGCUGAAAUUAUAAUAACAAAUUUCCCACUUAAAAAGAAAAUCUUCGUACACGAUAUGGCGUUAGAACAUAGUGUCGAUGAAAAAGUAUUAAAUUCAAUCAAUUCUUAUGAAUUGAUAAUUAUAGAAAAUUUGAAAAUAAAAGAUUUCGAUGUGUUUCUUAAUAUGAUCGAUAUAUUGAACAAAAACAGUAAUAAAUGUAUUACGAUAUUUGCGAUUGUUAACGUAGAAAACGUAAACAAAGAUUUGACACGAGACGCUGAUCUAACAAAGAGUGCAACUGAAAUUAAUCGGGGUUUCAGUGACAAAUUAAUCGAUGUGUCCGUUAUUCCAUACCAGCCAUUGAAUGAACAGGCCUUAAAAAUGUGUAUAAUGAAUGUAGCAAAACAGAGUGAUUUGAUCCUUUCAGAAGAUCAAAUGAAUGAAAUUAUGCAGAAUUUAAUAUUAUCGGGUAGUGGUUGCAAAGGAGCAUAUGCUAAGGUACAAGUUAUUGGAAGGGAAUAAGUUUAAAGUAAUCGUUUUUUAUAUUUUU